AUGAUGUAUAGAGCAGGGCACUAUUCAAAACCCUACAUCCCGGCAGAGAUCCCUGACCUCGAUAACUUCCCUGGUACUGUGGUCCACAGUCACGUCUUCCGUAGACCUGAUCGAUAUGCAGGGAAAAGAGUCCUCAUUGUGGGACCGAGAGCCUCCAGUAGUGACAUUCUCCUCCAUGUGGCUCCACUAGCUCACUCGGCUGGGAAGUGUGUCAACCACGUCUACAAACAUACGUUCAACAUUCAGCAUCCUUCGAUGGUGUUCGUAGGCCUCAACUACCCAGUUGUUCCUUUUUCCUUUCUUCGCGUACAAGUUCGCUUUGUUCUCUCGGUGCUGACUGGCCACAUGCAGCUCCUGUCCCAGGAGGACAUGCUGGCUGACUGCAGAGCUGAUGAAUUGGAAUAG